AUGGCUGACAUCAAGCCCCCUUUCACUGAAGAAUCAGCUCGGAAGAAGGUCAAGGCAGCCCAGAACCUAUGGAAUACUAAGGAUCCCGUGCGAGUUGCACAGGCUUAUACACCCACAUGUAUUUGGCGCAAUCGGACUUCAUUCUUCUCUGGAACAGAAGGAAUCAUUGAAUUCUUGACGGCGAAAUGGAAGAGGGAGAAAAGCUAUAAGCUACGAAAGGAACUAUUUUCAUUCACCAACAACCGCAUCGCAGUGCAGUUUUGGUACGAGUAUCAAGAUGCUGAUGAUAGUCUGCGUUGGAAGCGUUGCUAUGGCCUCGAAGACUGGACCUUCGAUCCGGAGACAGGAAAGAUGUGUAAGAGAAUGAUGAGCGGCAACGAUGUGCUCAUCGGCCCCGACGGAAAUGGAGAGGGAAGAUGGUUCGUGGAAGGAGUAGACGUCGAAGACGUUAAGAUCGGAGAGGAGCAUUGGUGA